UUCUUUUCUUUGAUUACAAAUCCACGUUUUAAGGGUGCCGCGUUGCAGCCGCGUGGUGUUAGAUACUCUGAUGUAAUUAAAUCAUACAUUCUGUGAUAUUACAGCUGUUAGGAAUGAAAUUUUAAUCCUCACAGUUUAUUUAAUAAUUUUAUACAAAUACUCUCCGAUAUGAUUGAAUCAAGCUUUAUGAGUUCCAGUGUCUGGGAUUCUGAACUUUUUCAAACUGGAAAUGUAUUUGAUGCUUCCUCACAUUUAGACCUAAAUUGUGAUUUUGACAGCACCAGGGAUGAAUUGAUGUCUGGGUACUCAACUCCAAAUGACGCUAGCUCAUGUUCAUCCGAUUAUGAUGGAUUUGUAAUGCUGGAUGAUUUUGAUAAUUUCUUUCAUCUGUCUGACUCAUUUGUCUCUGAAAUUUUAGAUAAUAGUGUUACAGGUAUUUCUGAACUAGAUCGAGUAUCAUCUGUGGAUAGUCCCCAAAAAGAUGCAACAGUUUCUAGUUAUAAUCCUGGAACUAGUGCGCAAAGAAAUGCUAUUGACUAUUUAUUAUCGUCAAAAUUAUGGUCCCAUAUGUCUCCUGCAGAACAGCUAAACACAUUACAUGCUUUAUCAGAAGUUACAUAUUACAUGGGAUUGCGUGAACAGAUGGAAAUUAUAAAAAUAAUUGACCCAACAGCUAUAAUAGCACCUGAUUGCAAAGAAUUUGCAUUAGAUAGCACAAACUUAGACGACUUAAAACUGAAAAAAAUUGUUAAUUUUAUCAUGAAACAGAGACUUCAUUUAAAGAAUUCCUCACAGUCAUUAAACAACUUUUCCUCUUUAAGUUCUAAAAACAAAAACAGUUCUUCAUCCACGUUGCUUUCUAGCAAAAAUGAUAGUACAUCUUUUGCUAGAACAAAAAGGAAAUCGCAAAAGAAGCAGAGGAAUAUUUUAUUUAAUGGGGAAGAGAAAGAGAAAAAUCUUAAACGAAUAAAACAGACAAGAAAAGAAAGACGAAGUGGUUUUUUUGUAUAUGAAAAGAAGAUGGUUAUCAAUCGAGCACUUGAAGAUGAAGAUAUAAAUAUACUAGAGUAGAGGAAGAGAAAUAACAAAAACAAUUUCAUCAGAGUAUUUUCGCCGUGUGAUCUCUGUUAAAACUUCUCAUUCUAGUUGGUUGCUGUUCAAAAUCAGUGGUUAUAAUAUCAAGAAUUAAUUUGUUACGGGUUAGUGAGGAGCUUCAAUUUAUCUGUAAAAUAUAUUGAUGUGAAAUAAGUGUCAAUUUAAUAUUGUUAAUCUGCAUGAAUUAUUCAAAAAGUUAUAUUGUAGUUUUAGAUCUUCUCUCAUGAAAUGUAUAAUAUAUAUCUGUUCUAUUGAUUAUUGAUACAUUUUCCACCAAUUGCUUUCCAGCCUAUAUUGUUGGGUAUACUAAUAGCAAACUUUUUAUUUGUUAAUGAAUUUUGAAAUGUGAAUAUUUUGUUUUAAUUUAAUGAUAAGUUUUAUUCCAUUUAAUGUUUGAACCAAUUUUUUUUUCAAAAUGACUGAAAUUGUUAAAAAAAGGAAUUCAGCUUAUCGUUUGAUUGUUAUUGAAAACCUUAUCUUUUACAUUUGUUGAAAUACUUUUGGAAAUGCCUUGCACUAAGUCAAUGAACUAUAAAUAUACUUUGACACUACAAUGUUAUAGAAAGAUGAAUUUCUUUAUAUUGAUUAUAAUUGUUAUGGAUUAUUAUAUUAUUGUUAUUAUUAAUUAAUAUCAACUUAAUGAAAUCAAAUUACCAAAUCUUAAUCAUUUAUUCAAAAUCGAAAUUUGUUUUGUUCAAUCUUAUUGUUUUGUCAAUUGAUUGUGGUGUUGUAUUUUCUGACUUUAUGAAUCAUUCAAGGUUAAUUUCUAAAUGCACUAUAUAAAAAAAAAAGUAAUUUCUAGUUAUAGUUUGCCCAUAAUAUCAGCAAAUUAAGGCUGAAGUUUAAUUACAUUUUUUUAUUUAAGAUUUAGAUGGGGGGGGGGGUCAUAGCAAUAUCUGUUAAAUUCUGGGACCAUUAAUUGUAACAAAUUUUAGCAUGAAAAGCAUCUGAACUUUUUGUGUGGUUUUCUGAGGCGGUAAAAUUUAUUUUGAUUUUGACUAGUAUGUAACUGGAAUCAAAGAAGUACACAGUGAUUCAUAGUUGGAAUUCUUAUUUAUUACCCAUAUAUGUUGCACUGAAGUGUGUUCUUUUGUACAGAAUAUAUUGUUAUGUAAAUUUGUGUAAGUUUCUAUUCCAAAUAUGAAUCGGUUCAUCCUUAUUACUAAUUAAUACCAAUCGUUGUAAUAGGUUAUUGAGUUUAAUUUGUUUUCUUCAGUUGCUUAUGUAGUUCUCAUUCAGUAGUUCACAAAAUGGCAGUUUAAGAUAAAAAUUAAAAUUUUAGCUUUUUUUUUUAAUAAUUUACACAGGGGUUGAAGUCAGCUAAGAAUGAAAAAGAUUUUUUUAAACAGAAUUAUGGUGGGCAUUUCUAAAAGUUCUUUUGAACUAAGAUAAAUAUUUAAGUGUUCGAGGCAGUUAAUCUUUAUUUUAAAUACUCUAUAACAAAUGCUCCGUUUUAUACCACAUACUCUGUAGUAAAUAACAUUUUAGUUAUUAAAUUGUUCGAAGCAGUUAAUUUUUAUUUUAAAUACUCUUAACAAAUGCUCAGUUUUAUACCACAUACUCUGUAGUAAAGAACAUCUUUAUCUAAUAUCAAGUUUAUUAAACUUGUUAUCAUGUACAGUAGAUGAGAAUUUUGCUUAAACUAAUCCAAUACUGGUUAUUUUUAGUUUUUUUAGGUUGUAUGUGCAAAAAAAAAAAAAAAAAAAAAAAAAAAGGUUUUUGCUUACAUGAGGUUUUUUUUUUAAUUUUAUGAAUGUUUUUGAUUUGAAUGAAUGGAUAUAUAAGAGAAAAAUUCAUGACCAGUAUUGGAUCUGCUUUAUUGUGUAUUGUUGAAAAAUUGCUCUUCGUAAAUUAAUUUCUUGAAAAUUUUUUCAAAUUAAAGUCUUAUAGAAUUGUGUGAAUUAUGGGAUCGUGUUUUCAUAUGAGGUUCGGAAUAUUAGAAAGAAUAAUGACUAUUCAAAUUUGGCUGCAAAUUGCAUAUAUUAAAAAAAGAGACUUAUUAAUGAUUUAAAUGACUUAGUUAGAAAAUGACUGAAUUUUUGAAUUUGAGAACAUCUGAAUUGUAAAUUUGACUUUUUUUUCUACUUUUUGUAAAUUUGAAUAAUAAACUGUUCAGUUUUGUA